AGGGAGCGGCCGUUGGAGCUCAUUGCAGAGGCCGGGAUUGGCGGUAGGCGUAAUUCGCGGCGGAGGAAGGAAAGCGGCGAGCUUGAAGCGGCGGAUUCCGAGGGAGAUGCGCAAAACAUGUGGACAACGAAAACACUGAUCAAUCAUAUCCAUGAAAUGAUGGGAAAUUUCCAGAAUUUAUAGUUUUCAAUCUGAAUGCGAUUUGGGAUCUCCUUCGCUUGCUGCUCGCUCCUCACCUCCGCCUCCGCCACGCCGCCGCAUACACACCCGUCUCUCUCUCUCUAUCUCUCUCUAUCUCUAUAUCUGUCUAUCUCUAUCCUUGUGAUCUUUGCUCUUUGUAGCUUCAACGGCUUUGCUCCAGGACCUGAUGAUGAUUUUCAUGCCUGAAGGUUCAAUUAUCAGAAUCAGUGUUUUUUCUUUGUGCCUUUGCAUGUGUUUAUUUUCGUUCUUUCUCUUCAUUUUACUUUCUUUUCUAAUCUAUAAAAAUUAGAAAUGGUGGACUUUAUUUUUUGUGCCAGGAAAUUUCCCUCUUUAAUGUUGGUUUUUAGUUACAGAAACUCAAUUUUUUGAAAUUUAAUUCUUUUUUUCUGAACAUUGAAGUGAUUUGGCUGAUUUUGAAGCCUAUUUCAGUUUUUGAGAUUGCAACAUUGCUCCAUUUUAACAAGGAGUACAUCAUACUAGAGCUCAGGGCUGGUGUUGGUCAGAUUAUUCCUUGAGCAUUUUAUUCUGUCUCGUUUUUCUUCUUCUUUUUUGCCCUUUUCUUUGCAUUUUUAUUUUCCCACAGAUUUCAUUUCUUUUCCAUGGCUUUUCUUGAUUAAGUGUGAUAGCACAGUGCUGUUAUACUAAAUGCCUUGGGUUAUAUUACAUUUUAUUUAGGUGACAUUUGCCUAUUUGGUAUUGCGAAGUUGAACUACGUGCAUUAUGGUGUUUUUGAUCUGGCUCGGGGCGAUUUGCCGCACCAUCUCGGGAGGAGAUUGUUGUGCAACUUUCUAUCACUCUUUCUGAAGAGUGAUGCCCAGGCUGAUGUGGAGGGAUUAAGCAUCAGGUUUAUUCUUAAACUCUUCCUUAAAAGCUUAAACAUUAGGUGAUUGCUGUCUUGAAUAUUCCUAAUUCUUGGCAAGAUAAUUGUGCAUUUGGAUUCGAGAAAGGUUUUGUAGUUUGCAAACUCUAGUUUGGUUUUAUUUAGGUAUGAUAUGAUAUGAAUUUGAUAAGUUUUGAUGUUUUUAUUUGUUUUGUACCCUCUUUAUCUUUGCUUUGCUCAGUGUUGGAAAAUGAGUUUUGCAAUUUGUCCUUUUAAUAAAAACUGCAAUUCAUUAUUUGGUUGAUUGUCAACAUGGCAUUUAAAUAAUCAGCUCAAGGCUUUACCAAGUCUCACAUAGUCUCUAAAUAAAUUACGAAAUGAAGUUUUCUUGAAAUUCUUGGCUCGAAGUUAGCCUCUCGAAGUGUUGUUUUUACUAUCACAUUUAAUCUUUCACAAAUGGUAAUUUUAUGGAGGAGUCAGGUUUUCAUUGCCUGGUGCGGUGUGGCUUUGCCGAGCACCUCUAUCAAUUGAUUGAAGGGGAACUCCUCCCAUGGGGACCUCUUUUGGUAUGUGGCUGGAUCAAACAAGGCAAGGGAGGAAAUCCCACCAAAUAGGCAGAUUGGGUAUUCUACUUUGGGAGUUCUGGACAAAGAAAUCAACUUGUAUGGCAUAAUAAGAGCAUGAUGGCGGAGGGGCUGGUUUCAAAGGUGACUUGUUGGUAUAUUGAUUGGCUCGAGGCGAAUACACCAAAGCUGGGUGUGGAUGGUGGGAUAGCCGAUUGGCAUGAGGCAUGGGUUCCCCCGUCACCAAAUAGUUUGAAGUGUAAUGUUGAUGCAAGCUUUAACCUGUCCGCCAAGAUUGCCCGGGUGGAAAUGGUGGUGCUAGACGAGCAAGGAAGAUUAAUGUGCAGGUCGUCCCAAGGUUUGGGUUAGUUGGAGUGCGCUUUGCUAGCGGAUGCUAUGAGAAUUCGGGAUGCUUUUAAGUGGUUCAGGAGACGUUAUGUACAAUGACGAAAAACUAAAGUAUUCAAAUGAUCCAUAUGAAAUUAGUAUUCAAAUACUUCGUGAGUAGCUUUGAUGGUUCAUCUCAACAAAUUUGUCUAAAUUGUCUUGUUGAAUUUGCUUUUAUGUAUAUGCAUGCAAAAUGACAUGAUUUAAAUACUGAAUAAUACGGAGUAUAUAUUAUUCUUGAAUUUUUUUUAUGCUUAAUGAGAAACACUUUGUCAUAUCUAGUGAAUGAAAUCACGAGUGAAUG